GUCGUGUGGCGGGGCGGGUACAGAUCCAGGAUCAGCGUCGCCUAGGAAACAGCCCGGCAGCUAAUGUUGAUCGCCUACACCUGAGGCUGAUUAGCUGCCGGGCAUAUAAACCCCGUGCACUCACCACUCUGGGUCUGGUAUUUCACCCAAUCUAACCCUUUUGUCUUUGUACCAGCAGAUACGAGUGACCAGGAGAAUUAGGACCAGAUUUGCACGAGCACGGAGGACCAAUAUACAACACUAGCACCCCGGGAUAUCACUGUUUGGACACUUUUCACUGUGUGUGUGAAUAAACUCCCCUCCGGGGUUUGUUAUAUCUGCCGUCUUGUGUCUGUCGUGUCUCUUACCCUGCCACAGUCGCUAUUAGCUUUUUUAAAGUUGCUAUAUGUAGCAUCAAGGUUUCUCAGUGGGUGUACGAAAGAUUCAAUGGUUACUACAGAAAUCAUACUAUUUCUGCUGUAUUUAAAUAUUACGUUUCCUCCCAAAAUAACAUUUUGAGCAUGAUAAUUAUCUCUGGGUUAUUAGCUCCAUUAUAUAAUUAUGAAAGGAUAGUUUCCAGAAUACAAUUCAUUUAUCAUAAUUUUUAGGGCUGCACAAUUUUGUUUGUUGUUUGUGUAUCUUGCCUUUAUUUGCUUGGCUUUUAAUGUUUUGAGGCAAAAACCAAGCUAAAAGACGCUUAUAAAAACAAGUCAUACAUAUUUGAAAUGAAAUAAGGAUAAAUUAUGUACUGUGUAGCCUAUAUUAUAUGACAGUAGUGUCUAUCACAAAAUUUUCAUUAUGUCUGGCCAGAGAAUGAUUUUCAGUUACAUGUAAAAUCUCCUCAAUCUAUCUCAUCAAAAUCUCCUGACAAACAAUGUCAGAUAUAUGUCAGUUAUAAUUGUUUUUUGUCAAGGUGUUAUUUAGAAAUGACUCAUUCAUCCAUAUCAUUCUGGGCAUGUGCUUAUAAACUCUGUAUGGUAAACGGCAUCUACAGGAAAUGUUUAUAUUGUUUUGUUUAUUUUAAUCACUGCAAGUAUAUUUUUAGACCUUAUUAAUAUUUUACAGUUUGUAGCUUUUAAUACUUUUUAACAGUACGGAACAGUUUCUCCCCUCCUGCAUGAAAUCUCUCUUUUCACAUUGUAAAAGUAAAACUUGUAGUUUUGCAGCAGGCUUGCCAGUAAAUUACUGUAGAUUAGAUUACUACAUCAUAUUUUUUCCUAUUAGUACUGUUUUAAUUUGAGUUAAACUUGACUUUAAUCAAAAUUAAAACACUUGACUUUUGAGAUUAAAAUUGAGCAAGAUGAGACAUGGUCUCAUUACACUCAUUACACAAAAGAAUGACAUUCUUCCAAAGCAUUUUGGCAUCGUUUUGUAGUCAAAAUAUUUAAAAUGUCUUAAAUGUUGAUAUAUUUACACAACAAUAAAAGUGGCCUAAGAUAUUUAUUCUUGUUUUAUGAAAGAAAAUAUAAAAUCUAGGUAAGUAUGUUAAAAAGAAAAUUAAACAUCUACAGUAAGUUACUGGCAAACCUGGUGCAAAACUACAGCAAAGUUUUACAGCGUAUUUUACAAUACUCUACCUCCUUUAUCUAUGGACUAUGUUUGCUUUUAGGUGUGGUAUUUUGAAACUUCAGAUUCACAUGAAAGCUUCACGUGGUUAGUUCAUAUUCAUCAGUUGUAUAAAAGUACUGCAAAUGCCGUAAAAACCCAACCCAUUUCACUUGAUGGUGUAAACAAAGACCCCUUUAAGCCAUGAACCUAUUCUGACCAGGUGCCACGUAGCGUUGCUGCAUGUGAGGACUGAUUCAGAUCUUAACUCUAGUUCUCAAAUAUCAAUGACUAACCCAUUCAAAACUAGUUUCUCAGGGAAAACAGGUUGAACUGAUACAUUGCGCAUCUGAUUUAAGCUUUUAAACAAGAUCAGAUGUUCCACGGCCGCAAGUUAUUACUGACUUUGCCACUUGGAUACAUUGAUACCCGCUCCUCCAUAUGCGGACAGACGACACAUCACACCCGACUUCUCGAAACGGUGCGCACCGACAAAAACAAUGUCGCGUUGCGUUGUCAUCUCGGAGAUCAUACCGUUGGGUGUCUGUUCUAUUGUGUGGCUGUAUUGUGGUUUUGUUCGUGUUAACCUUAAUGUAUUUGCCCCCUUUGCGGGAGGAUUCGCCUACCCACGCUGUGGUUCGAAACGAACCCCCCGGUGUGACACUCCUCAUCUGGUGGAGACCCUACGGUAGCCGGGAACCCCUGCCCGACUGCGCCGCGAGAUAUGGGAUCCAAGGCUGUACACUGACGGAGGAAAGAUUGGCGUAUGACCGCGCAGACGCCGUGAUCGUUCACCACGCAGAACUGAUGCGCAACUGGAGCGCGCUUCCCCGCGCACCGAGACCUCCGCGCCAGAAGUGGAUCUGGAUGAACUUUGAAUCUCCGAGUCACUCCGGCUGGCUGGCCGGGCUGGCGGGACUGUUUAACCUCACCAUGUCAUACCGCCGAGGCUCGGACAUCUUCAUGCCCUACGGGUACCUGCAGCCCCGGGGUGGAGAUGCCCCGCAGGUGCGUGCGCGGCGCGGGUUGGUCGCUUGGGUCGUUAGUAACUGGAACGAGCAGCACGAGAGGGUGCAAUAUUUCAAACGUCUCCGAAAAUACAUACAGGUGGAUGUGUUUGGGCGCGCAGGGCAGGAUUUGAUAUCCGACAGCGUGACCCGCACCAUAUCCCGUUACAAAUUCUAUCUGGCUUUCGAGAAUUCCAUGCACACGGAUUACAUCACUGAGAAACUGUGGAAGAACGCGCUCGUAUCAGGGGCCGUGCCCGUGGUUCUCGGGCCGUCGCGCGAGAAUUAUGAGCUCUUUCUUCCCGCAGAUGCCUUCGUACACGUGAAAGACUUCAGGAGCCCGCUCGGGCUCGCUGUUUACCUGAAACACCUGGACCGACAUCCUGCGCUCUAUCAGCGCUACCUCACCUGGAGGCGUCGCUACAGCGUGCACGUGACGUCGUUCUGGGCGGAGCAUUACUGCAUGGCCUGUAGAGGUGUUCAGGCCAGCAGACACCAGAACAAAGUAGUCACUGAUCUGGCUGUCUGGUUUGAAUCCUAAUGUCUGUUUGUGUUCGACAGCAAACACCACAUAAGUAUUGACUGUGUGCCAUAAUGGAAUUUACCCGAAAUAUUUUAGGAUUGUUGCCAAAAGUUUAUGGGGCCCAAGACCGCAUUUAUACUGGUGGGCCUUCUCUCAACCGGCCCAAGAUGAGGUUACUGAAGACCGUCAUGUUCAACACAAUUCAUGCUUAGACAGUGUGAAAUUAUUUAAACUUAUGUUUUUUAAACAUUCAUGUAUGAGUAACAGGAUUUGUCGGUUAGAAGAAUGUCAAAACCAAAGAUUUUCUUCUUAAAUAAACUAUUUAUGAAGUCUAUAAAAGUGAGCAUUGUGACAUUAAUCCUUUUUUAAAUCUUAUAACAUCUAAACAGAGUCUUUCAUGUUUGUUUUUGUGUGUACCGUGUGUAUCGCACACAGCCUCACCCACUGCUUUCUGUGUAGAGAUAGUGAGAGUAAUGUGAUCUCUGCUCACAUCCCUUUAGUAAGACCAAACAUACUCCAUUUAUUCACCCUCAUGUCAUUCAAAACACGUGACUCUAAUUCAGCGAACCACAAUAGAGGAUAUUUUGAGAAAUGUCUCAGUGUUUUAAAUGAAAGUCAAUUGGGGUAAGUGUUGUUUGGCUACCCGCAUUCUUCAAAAUAUUUUCUUUUGUGUCCUGCAGAAGAAAGAAGUCAAACAGGUUUGAAAUGGCAUGAGGGUGAAGAAAUGAUGACAGAAUUUUCAUUCUUGGGGAACUGUCCCGUCUAUUGCUUUCUGUAAUUUUGUCUCAUCAAAGGACUCUCCGGCAACAAACGCAUCAUAAAAAAUCAAUUUGGACAUUUAAAUGAUUUUAAAUCAUGAAUUAUUGAGUCCUGUGCAAUUUCCGAAUCACUCUACUUCAUUUAAAAGUCAAAGCAGAUGCGUGUAAAGAGCGUGAAGACUGAUUAUGAUGUGCUUCUGUGUAACCUUUCAUCAAACAAGCCGCAAUCAAACUUGUUAACAUGAAUUUUAAUAGAUGGAGGAUGAUGACAUUCUUCUCAUGUUCUCUAAAUGUCAUAUUAAAACAGCUAGAGGUCUAAUUUUUUUAUUUUUGUUAUAACUAAAAGUCAAGAAUCUUAUCAUUAACACAUGACAUGUUGUUACUUUUCAAAAUCAAAUAUUUAUGGGCAGUUUACAUUUCCUCGGAGAUUAAAAUGUUCAUUUUUUAUUAUGUUUUCAUAAUCUUAUUGUGUUAGUUAGCUGUAUUUUUUUGUCGUUAUUACUUAAUCAAAACAACCCAACUGCAGUUUGAUUGUUAUUCAUUGGAAUGCACAAAAUAAAUAUUUUUUUACCCUAAAUACAUCUGUUUUUGCAAAUGAACUCUUCAUAUUUUUUCUACUGUUUAGUUACGUUAAAAAUAGCAGAUGAACAAAGAAAAAUGCUGUUAGAUGGUAACCCCAAAGUGAAUCAGUUGUUUUUUGUGCGUUGAUUAUCAGUCACAGAAAAAGUCUUACAUCUGUUUUACCACAAGAGGGCAGUAAAAGCACGAAAAUGUCAGCCCUGAGCUGAAUUAGAGUCUUGAAUUUCAAAAAUCAGUAAAAAUGUUUGUUUCCUUUAGUGUUUUGCUUUGUUUUUCUAUUUUUGUUCAUCAGUAUGUUUUUAG